GGUUUCCGCUUCUCAGUCGGGCUCGGACCGCGGCGCACGAAAAACACCGUGAGUGACGAACACGGCCUGACGCACUAAGCAAAGAAGAAAAGAGCGAAAAGAAGCGAGCGAGGGGAGAUGUCCGAGUCCAAGUACCGAGAGUGGAUCCUGGACACCAUCGACUCGCUGCGGUCGCGGAAAGCCCGGCCGGACUUGGAGAGAAUUUGCAGAAUGGUCCGAAGACGACACGGGUCCGAGCCCGACCGAACCUGCGCGGAGCUGGAGAAACUGAUCCAGGAGCAGACGGUGCUCAAAGUUAACUACAAGGGCUCCGUCUCGUACCGGAACGCCGCCAAGGUGCAGCGGAGGAGCCGCAAAAAGGACGAUGUAACGUUAGCGGCGGCGGCGAGACGGAGCGCGGUGGAGGACGCCAGCCACUCGGACUUGAGCAACGGGGACAGCGCUCUCGGUCCCGCUGACCAGGACGAGGAGGACCUGGAGGCUGACACUUCUAUGGCUAUGGACACAGACAGUAAUGCAGAUGAGGAGGGGGCUGAUGAAAGCCAGGACGGGCAGGACAGGCCGUCCCCUGGCCGCACGCAUGAAGAUGCCGCGGUGCACUGUAGCGCUGUGCGAGCAUUCUCUGCCCCCUGCUCUCCCUCUGGCACCCGGCCCGGACCCGGCCUCGGCUCUGGCCCCGGCUCGGGGCCGGACUCUGUCACUUUCCAGAAGGCUGGUGAGAGGCCCAGCUCCUUGCCCCCCUCCAGCCCCAGGGCCCUCGCACACAAUGACUGGGCUUAUGAUUCUGCUGUCUGCCCAGCGGAGCGCCAGCACCCAGGAAUGCAGAGAGACAAAGCAGCCUUGAAGCCAGCGGUCCCCUCCGUAACUACCAGCCCCUGUGCUUUAAAGAAUAACGUGAAGAAAGAAGAUGGAGGAAAGGUGGAGAACAGCAGCCCUUUGUCCGACCAAUUGGUACCAGACUAUGCAGCACGACUGGACGAGAGCAGGAAUGUAUCCGAUGGAAGGCCGCAGACACUGUCGCUGCCAUCUGACAACUGUACAUUUAAAAAGAAGAUAGAUAUAUCACUCUUUACGGCAACUGAAGAUGUUCUUCUGAAUGGUGGUAAAGGAGAAGAAAUCUCUGUGAAGAAGGAAAAGAUGAGCCAGAACUUGUUGCAGUGGACCGUGACAGAUGUGGCCACUUACUUCUCAGCUGCGGGCUUUCCAGAGCAGGCUAUGGCGUUUCGGACACAGGAAAUCGAUGGGAAGUCCCUUCUCCUAAUGCAGCGCAGUGACGUGUUGACCGGUUUGUCUAUCCGUCUCGGCCCCGCCCUCAAAAUCUACGAGCGCCACGUGAAGGUGCUGCAGAGGACCCACUUCCUGGAAUUCGAAGACCUCUGAAGGGUUGGUUCACAUGGCGGACAGACGAUGCUGCAUUGACCCACAGAUGCAUUCAGUGCCCUCUUCCAUCUGGAUCCUGCCACCCACCUUCAUAUCCAGUAUAUGUAGAGGGUGAGUGGGGAGAGAAAGGCUGCGGUGGAAUGAACUUUCACUGUGAGAAUGACCAGAAACUGAAAGACAGUCAUCCUACCUCUCAUUAUGGUCUUUGGUUUCAAAUACUUGCCAUUUCACCCGUGUGAGGACAGUGUGAAGGCAAUAGACUGCUGCAAUCAGAGUUUGAUUUAAGAGCAAGGAUCGUCCUGCAAGAGUUAAAGAUGGGUGAUACAGCCGGUGAAGAGCACUCAACCUUGCACCAAGUGCACCACCUAUGGGCUAAUGUACUCACACAUACAAGAUGGCUGUAGCAAAGUGUUGUCGCGGUUUUGGGUCCACAAGAAACUGUUGGUUUGUUGCAGGUUGGAGAUUCAUCGCCUGUGUCCUCCCUCUGUCUUUUAUGUUACCUUCUGUCAGUCCAGAAAAGGUAUGUAAGUCACACAGAUAAACACAAAGCUCAUCUGUUGUGCAUUUUCCUUUCUUCAUAUUCUGAAAUGAUUUAAAUGUAAUCAAAGUGCUGGGGGAAGUCAGACAAUCUACAUAUCUGCAUCACAAGUCAACAGAGUCUGAUUUCUGACUUAUAAUGCUGCUGAUGCUGGAUACCGUCUUUGUGGUAUAACCAAGAUGAUAUACUACUACUUGCUGGCAAGGCAAUAUGUUUCUUGUUUUAUCUUAUUAUAUAUAAAUUAAUGUGGUCCAACUUAAUACAGUUGCAUUCUGGGAACAAUUUCAGAUAGCUGUGAUCAGUCGAUGUGCUGCCUAAUAAAAUUGGCUUUUAUACAUAAGCAAACUUAAGUAAUAAACAUGCGGGAAACGUCAUUGCAAUACUGAGUUAUUGUUUUGAAUGAAAUACAGUUGCUCGGCUCCUUUAGAUUUCUUGAUCAAAUGCAAUAUUAUGUUGUGUUUUCAUCCAUGUGUAACUUAUCCAGCGUCUCUUUGUGGUUUAAUCAAAGCCAGCCACUUGAAUUGUAACAUUCCAUUUGAUGUAGUCAACAUCUCCCAAAUAUCUCGUCUUGUUUCUUUUGUCUGUAACAUUGACACCUCUUCCAGAGUCUCAAAUAAAGCUGUGUCUCUCUGUU